GCUGCUGUCCGGGGCAGAAGGAGCGUGAGCCCGCCCGCAGGUAGCGGAUCCGAGCGGGCCGGGCUCAGUCAGGGCCUAUGGCAGCGGCGCGGGGGGUUCGCGGGUGUCUCCUGCGGGGGCCCUUCCAUGCCCGGCUGGGCAGGGGCUGCAGCUCCGGGGCUCCUGUGCGGCAGCAGCAGCAGCAAGCGCUUGUGGCUGCCCCCGCCCCGGCUCAGAAAGUGCCCGGAGACCUUGGGCAUCUGUAUGGAGGAGGUAGCCUUGUGAAAAUGCCUAUCAUGGAAUUGCCAAGCACAAGAAGAAAAGGUUUCCUAACUGAACAUGCUGCCCCUUUCUCUGCUUUCCUGACUGACAGAUUUGGCCGUCAGCACAACUACCUACGGAUCUCCCUGACUGAGAAAUGCAACCUCAGAUGUCAGUACUGUAUGCCAGAAGAGGGAGUUCAACUGACCCCUAAAUCAGAGCUGCUCACUACCCAGGAGAUAAUCACCAUUGCCAGGCUCUUUGUGAAGGAAGGUGUGGACAAGAUCCGAUUGACUGGUGGAGAACCACUCAUCCGGCCUGACGUGGUUGAUAUUGUGGCUCAGCUGAACAAGCUAGAAGGGCUACAAACCAUUGCUGUCACAACCAACGGGAUCAACUUAGCUAGGCUGCUGCCACGGCUGAAGGAGGCGGGGCUGGAUGCCAUUAACAUCAGCUUGGAUACUCUGGUUCCGGCCAAAUUUGAGUUCAUCGUCCGGAGGAAAGGCUUUCAUAAGGUAAUGGAAGGAAUCAACAAAGCCAUUGAACUGGGGUACAAUCCUGUUAAGGUGAACUGUGUAGUGAUGAGAGGCCUCAAUGAGGAUGAGCUAUUGGACUUCGUGGCGCUCACGAAGAACCAGCCGCUCGACGUGCGGUUCAUCGAAUACAUGCCCUUCGACGGCAACAAGUGGAACUACAAGAAGAUGGUGAGCUAUAAGGAGAUGCUGGAUACAGUCAGGCAGAGAUGGCCUGAAUUGGAGAAGCUGGCUUGUGAGGCCUCCAGCACAGCCAAGGCUUACAAGGUACCAGAUUUCCAGGGGCAGAUCAGCUUUAUUACCUCCAUGUCAGAGCACUUCUGUGGAUCCUGCAAUCGGCUGAGGAUAACUGCAGAUGGGAACCUGAAGGUGUGCCUUUUUGGGAACUCAGAAGUGUCCUUGAGGGAUCACCUACGGGCUGGUGCUUCGGAGGACAAAUUGGUUCAAAUUAUAGGAGCAGCAGUGGGCAGAAAAAAGAAACAGCAUGCUGGCAUGUUUAACAUUUCCCAGAUGAAGAACCGGCCAAUGAUCCUGAUCGGUGAACAGCUUGAACUGUGCAGACUAUUCCUGGUCUCUCACUGUUUGCUUGGUUCUUUGGCUGAGUUGCUCUACUACGUUCCAGAAAAGGGGGAAACAGAGGCAGCAUUGAAGUCGACCUCACUACUGCAAGAUGCCGUGCAGAAUUCUCCACGUUCAAAGCAAUGGGGCCACAGACCUGGCCACUGGCUAAUGCCAAGAGCAAGUUUAUCCAAGCAGAUGGGAAAAGCGUUUAAGAAAAAUGUGUUUACAGGACAGCACGCCUUGCCAGGUUCUCUCUCAGAGCAACAGCAGCUUACAGCAGAAAUUCUGCGAGCUCAGGCUCGCGGCAUUUGCAUCUUCCAAAAGAUUUUGAGCUCUAGCUCGGACACAAAGUGCCUUAGGACAGGAAGUCCUUCCAUUCAGCACACCUGCCAAACUGCUGUGGACAGUCACUCUGGGGCUGCUGCUGGAAACCAGUCAGAAGAAAAGGGCCCAGGAUCCCACUCCAAAACCAUAGGUUCUGGCUUGUGCGCCAGUGAACGGGGUCCCUCCGGCAGCCUGACUCACGUUGACCAAGAGGGGCGGGCGGCCAUGACAGAUGUUGGAAAGAAGCCCGAUUCUGAAAGGACCGCUGUUGCCAGUGCUGUGGUUCGUCUGGGUGAGGAGGCAUUUGGGAUGGUGCGGCAGAACCAGCUGAAGAAAGGAGAUGUGCUGGCAGUAGCCCAGAUCGCAGGGAUUCAGGGAGCCAAGCUGACCAGCCAGCUGAUCCCCCUGUGCCACAACAUCUCUCUGAGCCAGGUGGACGUCUCUCUGAGCCUGGACGAGAGCAGAUGGGCUGUGGUGAUCCAGGCGCUCUGCCACAGCCAGGGUAAGACAGGUGUGGAGAUGGAAGCGCUGACUGCCGCCAGCCUUGCUGCCCUGACUGUGUAUGACAUGUGCAAAGCAGUCACUCACGACAUAAUCAUCGAAGAGGUGAAGUUGCUGAGCAAGACGGGAGGGCAGAGGGGAGACUUCCAGCGUGGAUAGCACUUAUCCUGUAACAGGAGCAUCCCCAUGCGGGCACUGAGGGCGCGGGCUGCCUUGGUGCCAUAUCUGCAGUCUGGCUGGGGAAACAGCAGGUAUCCUAUAAAAGAAUGGGACUUAGUCUGAACGGCCAGGCCAUCUCACUGCUUGGUGCUCCUCAGGUCGACUCCUACUGGACAGGUCUCCCCAGGCGUCCACAACCACACUUAGCACCCUUCCCCGUACCCUCGGGUUCUGUUAGGCCAUGGAAACUUUCAUCUCACUGCCAUGGGUCAAAACUGAGGCCCUUCAACCCAGUGAUGUCAGGGAAGCUGGCCUGGCUGCUGUAACCCGUCCAGUGCUUAGUCAGGCGCUCUUCAUCAGUAUCAAAUUCACUUGGCAAAUAACACACAAUUAGGAGUAGUUUAUUGUAUCUUUGAUCAAUGACGCUGGCUUAAGAAUUGCUCCUUUCUUCCCACCAAACUUGAACUAGGAAGAAACUUCAGAAGGAGACAAUGGGGAGUCAUUCUAGAGUCCUGGCCAUUGAGCAAAGAUUUUAAUAAUGUAUGGAGCCCAAUCAGCUGGAAUUAUUCAGCUCAAAGUCACCUAGCCACACCCCUCACAACUGCUUGGGUCCUAAAUGGGUCUGAUCACUACCAGAGCAAGGGGAUGGGAUCUUAUGUCCAUGAAUGGAAAAUUAGAUGUUGGUUGACUGAUGCCAAAUAGCCCAUGCACAGGCCUGAUUUUAUUCAGCAUCAUGCCCCUCAGUGCAGAGAGCUACUGGGAUAGGAGGAACUGUAAUUUGCACACCCUGCACUGUUUUGCUGUAGUUCACUUGUGCCUGCCAUCAUAACCAACUCACUAGAUGUCCCUGCAUGCUCAGGGGCCAGUUCUGAAUCAAUCUCUGUCUAUCAAAGCCACUUCCCAGAAGGUAAUAGGCCUCCUUCCUUGCUGUGUCCUGAAGGGAUGCCCUGCAGUGUUACAUCAAAGCUUACUGUGCCACCCCCCUCCAGAGCAACCAGCAGGAACCAUGACCAAAACUGGGUAGCCAUGAAGAGGCUUCCUAAAAGAGCCAAUAUGGGCUGUCAAAUGACUCAGCUUAAACUACUUCAUAAGGUUGUGGGGUUUUUUUUUUUUUUUUUGGUACUCUAGCAAGUUUAUGGGCUGUGCCUAAGAACGUCAUUCUGCUCCUUAGGAAAGUCAGGGACAGAACUCCCCAAAAUAUGAGCAGAAUCAGGCCCUUUUUUUAUUUCUGGGACUUGAAAUCCAGCUGAGUUUCCCACCAAACUCCAGCAGAUUCGGAUUUUUUUUUUUAAUCCACAUGUCUGCCAUGGCAGUUUGUAGCCCCCGCCAAUGGUGUGUCAUGGGAUAACCUAGUCUCAUGCUUGCUUCUAUAGACUUUGCAUCCAGCCCGCAGAGGAAGCUCAAGCUAGGUCUUGACCAUCAUUAAUGUUGUUGUUGCUGAACUCAGUGAUUCUUUUGGCAAACAGGGUCAUAAACAUCCCUUUGCUGUGUUGACUCUGCCUCAGGGAAGGGGAGGAAAUCCUUCAAGAUUUGUCAAAGGAACCCAGGAGAGGGGAAAUUGGAAUAGGCACUUAGAAGCCUGAAAAAUCAGUCUUCUAAAAGUGAAGUCCUUGAUGUUGCGGAGUCUUAUGCUAUUUUUGUUAUUAAAACCUGAACCUCUCAAGGCAUGUGGCUAGAUAAGGAUCUCCGCUUUUUCUUUUUUUAAAAAAAGGAAAGUUCCUAGUUCUUCUGGUGGCAGAGAAAAAACUUGGAAGUAUGAUCUGAAUCCAUCCUAAAAGCUCAAAGCCAGAAAGCAAACAGAGAGAGAGAGAACCCUGGGCACUAGGCUGGCAUGUGUAAUGAUUUUAAAAAGUUCAGUGUUAACACUCAGCACUUGAAAUGGUCCCCUUGCUAAGGAUGAUCUUCAAAAGCAGGAGUUAAUUUUGCAUGUUUUUGGAGUGGAAGGGAAUAGACAUAAUAAAAUAUACUGAUUUGUCAGUCUAAAUUGAAAAACAAUUCUCCCUUACUCUCAAACCUUGAGUUCAAGAUUCUUUCUCCUGCUAUAGUUGAGAUCAAACACAUACAGCAGAGCGGGGAUUCCAGCUCUCUAUGCCAUCUUAGAGGCUAGUGCCACCCUGUGCUAUGGUUGGAGAAAGACCCUCAAUUCAGAUGUUGGCAGCCCCAACAGUCUUUCCGUUUAUAAACCUUGUGUUUAAAAAUGAAGUCCUACAGUCCACAGUGUUGACAAAUUCUUCAGCAGUAAUGGUUUUUUUUUUUAAUCAACCCAAGUGGCUACCCCAAAUACUCUUAACACCUCUUUGUUUUAACUUGCUUGCCACUGCUGUAUUUUGGUUUUAUACAGUAACCUGAAAGCUUUACCUAAACCUCAAAGACAAGGAGCCCCCAACUUUAAUUUAUGGUGUGCUCCUGUGGCUUAAGUUUCCUGCCCUUUGGACACCAGUGCUACCACCCCCUUUGAUACACACAACCGAGGAAGUUUUUAAAACAGCCUUAUUAACCUUGCUUUCCUAUUAAACUAGAGCUUUCAAGUAACUGGAAAGAAUUUUUUCCUUUGCCUUGUGAUUAUUAUUGUUGGUACAGCCUGCUCCCUAAAGUUGUGUUUCAAGAAACAUUUUAUCCAGUGGUGAGACUAUACAUGACAGCAUCAAGCACAUUUCAGUCACUUCAAAGGAGAUUAGCUCAGGUUUAGUGCAGUAAACUAGGAAGGCAGGGUCAGAUUUAAAACUUUAACCCCCUCUCUUUCCUAUACACCUGAUUGCCCAUCACUCUGCUUCCCAACCCCUUUUCUUUACUAACUCAGUUGCAGGUAGAGCAUCACACCAGCACCAAGGAAGCACGUUGGAGUUCACUGUAGAGUUGCUGUGCAUUUUAAGCCAUGCUACGUGUUUGGGUGUAGCUAGCAGUUUGAAAUAUAUAUUUUUCUAUUGGUGAGCCAUUAUCCACAACAUCCCAGUAAUAGUAGCAUUGCCAUGACCACUAAGUUCCAAAUUCCACCACUAGAUAUGCUUAUGGGAUCCCGUUGACUCUAUAGGGUGCCCGUGUGGAACCAGAUGGCACAAGUUGGUUCUAAUACCCUUUGCUAUAGAAGUAUCUGGCAGUGUGUUUGUUUAUAUUGAUCAGACCUUUCAUUUAAAGACUGCUUAAAAUUAGCACCUCUUGGAAAAUUCUACCUGAACACACCUUAAUGGUAGAUAAGUGACAUAGCUGUGUGAGAGCAGUGGUCACCGAUGACUGGGGAGUCUAAGCCCUUCACGGGUAUGUCUACACUGCACCUGGGCGCAAGGCUCCCAGCGUGGCUCGACAGACUCGUGCUAGUAGGCUAAAAAGAGCUGUGUAGCCACAGCAGCUCAGGUUGGGGAUUGGAGGCUCUGGCCUGGGGUACACUUGAGAGCCUGACCUCCAACCCAAGUCGCAACAUCAAAGCAAUGUCUAUGCAGCUAGUUUUAGUGCACUAGCAUGGCUGUAGAGCUGGGCUGGGAUGCUCACUCCCAGGUGCAGUAGAGCUAGACCCUUACAAGUUGCACUGGGUUUCAACUACUGAGUGGGUGCUGAAUUCCUGGCUAGUUCCUUGGCUGCUUCUCUCAAUCCCACACACCCCCAUGAAGCGGAAGAGUCUUCCUUGUAGAGAAGCACUGGCCAUUAGUAGCAACAACGCUCAAGUCUCAAGCUUUGGCACUGGUCUGGGCCUCUAUCAUUCUGCUUCGCUGGCCUAGUUUAUAAUCCUGCUUUAGGACAAACACUGAAUUUAAGGAGCUUGUGGCUUCAGUCUGACUGCCCCCUUUUCACAUUAAACUCUUAAUUUAGCUGGGUGUUUACAGGAAAAUCUUUCUUCCCACUAAAUCAAUCUGCACGUGUGUCACACCAGUCAAAAAUGGCAUGGAUUUUUCACAUCUUUGAGCUAGUGAUCACCUAAGAUGAUCAGCUCAUCAAAUGUUUUUUUUUUUUUUAAUACUGUACACAACUUUCCAGUUCCAAAUUCCUUAGCAAAGCCAUACGGCAUGGAAAGUGGCAUUUAUCAGAAAGCAUUUCAGGUACUUAAUCUGUUUUAUUUUCUUAGUUACUGUGAGAUGUGACUAAGAGCUCUUCUGUCUGCACUGUGGCAAUGAAAAGAUACAAACACCCACUCUGGGUGCUCAAAUACAAUAAUUCUGCACAAGGUCCUAUUGCUACAUCAGACCAUACUGAUUACUUGCCAUCGUGGCAGGAGAAUCUCUGCUAGUUUAAGAAGAAUAUUGGUUAAUGCACAGAAGAUGCCCUCUGCAAUCCCUCUUACAGGGCUGGGGGAGGAGGAUCAGGCUUGGAAGCACAGAUACCAUAUUUAGGCCCUGAUCCUCAAAAGAAUUUAGGCACCUAACUCUUACGGACAUCAGUAGCAGUUGGGUGCUGAAAUCCUAGGAGGGUCUUGCCUUAGAUACCAUGGUGAUAGGCAACCUUAAAACCAAAUAGAGUGGUUUCUUACAUAUCAGGACUGAAGUGAAUUGGCUGAGCUAAAUAGGGAAAAGACACCUACUUGCACUCUGCGUUUGCCUUUGCUUGCUGUAACCAAGUUGACUCUUACUUUCAUGAGCACUUCUUGUUCACCUACAUUUACAUUUAAAAAAAAGAAUACAGCCUCUUGUAUGAGGUUUUAAAAACCAAACCAAACGUCUGUGCUGAUUCAAGGGGUUGAGGAACGAGGAGUUGUAUUCUGCGAGAGAGAAGAAGGUUUAAGUCUGAGCUGAUGGUGCAUUUUGACACAUGGCUCCUCAGCUUCUGAAAAUCUGCUACAGUGCAAUAGUUGAUUUAAAAAGCCAGGACCUCCCCACAGACUUUGAAUUUCACUAGAAUUCCUGCCGCGGGGGUGGGGAGGAAGGGGAGAUUGUAAGGUUGUCUCUUAAUCUGAAUAGUUAGGGCGAAUUGACAGCUCAGCUCUAUAGUGGUGCCAUAACAUUUUCUUGUUACAUAACCAAGCCUUGGAACUAUGCAGUUAGUCUGAUAGAGAUAAGAUGUUGAAUUAAGUAUGUGAGAGUUCAUUUAUUUUAUGAGAAUGUGUUGCCAAGGGGUACUAGGUAAUAAUGUAUGUGUGAUUUUUGUACCCCUGCUCCAAUCCCCAAAGUAAACUGGGUCAGUAUUUUAGAGGCUUACCUUGCUCCAGUACAUUUUUAAUAAAGACUAAUUGUCGUGGAAAUGA